AAAAGAAGUCAAGURCGAGUAAAAUACGAAUACGAAAGCUUACGUCUACCGUAGCUAGUUCUCGAUAGAUUCUUGACACCUCAGAUAUCUUUUGUCUCUUGGAGCAACUGCUCUGGUUUUGUCUUGAAGGCAUCCCACGGAAUCAUGAAAGAGUCAACGAGAAACGAAGCUGCUUCUGAAAGCACAUACGAUGAAAAGCAGAAUUGCAACCUCCAGGACAGCGAGUUUACAGUAGAUUCGUCGGAAACCGAGCACGAGGCUUCAGGGUCGGGAUGGCUGGGCGGGAUGGGAACCGAAUUUUUGACCUGUCUGACCGAAAACGUUAGUCCCGUAGUCUCCGGAGUGGCAACCCUGGUCCACAAGACCGCGGUCGCGGUGGCGAACGAAAUCGCACAGCUCGAACGAGACGGCGAGCUCGAGGCCGAGGCCCUAGCUGCAGCAGAAGAGCUGUCGAGGGACUCUCUGGGUGCAGGAGGCAGAAACCAAUACAAGGAAACGGGCGACAAAAACCUUUCUUCGUCGUCCUUUGAUUCAAACACAAGCGAGGCAGAAUGCCUUAGCUUGCCUUGGGAAGUUCGCCAGGAAACACCGCGAAAUUCAACCGAAAACAAAGAGAAGGAUGGCAUUCCUGUUUAUAUCACUGACAUCAAGAUGAUGAAACAGAUUUUUGCUCUUUCUCGGCAAGAGUCAACCUUUCUAGAGCCUUUCUCGAAUGAUUCGCCGGAAAACGAUGUAUCCCCAUCUUGUUCGCUUUCCUCGUUCUCGUCAAAGUUUGCGAUGAGCGAGCCCCGGCUCAAAUUGAUCAGCCGCCUCUUGGACAUCGACAAAAAUCUCCAGGCUGUGCAUUCUAGGUUGACAGGUGAGUUAUAUUUUUUGUUCAUAUCCCUUGAUUCAUUCAUACAAACGAAAGUGGUAUGGAAUAGCAUAUUCUAUCCCUUAAUAGAAAGCGACCGAAUUGUAGAUUAGCAAGGGUGCGCAAUGCUGAGCUAGAUUUUAUAUUCGAAGUAGGCACAUUAUGAAAAGCCAUCAACUCACCGAGUCGACCUUAUAUUUUUUUGUUCAAAAAAUAUACAAAGAAGGUGCACAAGGCCAAUCGACUCCUAUCUUCUGGAAGAAUUAUUUUUUUCACUGUGAAAAAGUCAGAGCUGAGGAACUUGAUCGGCGCGAGGCGGGAAGAGCAACGAGUCCAUCACUGGGGAUUCUGGACAGCUUUGGGUUUGCAUCAUUGAAGACCGAUUUGGAGAGCGCGAAAGACGAAGGUGUCAACGACGGUGGCAACGACGGUGUCAACGACGGUGAAUCAUUGGUACCCGUCGAAUCCGAUGUCGAAGGGCAAAACGACGACGAUUCCUCGUACGUCAUUCAAUCUGCGCCAAACACCGGUGAAUCUUUUGCAACAACGAGAUCUAUCGACGACGACAUCAUWAUUGUGGAUACCCAAGAAAAACUKAGGGUAAUAAGAGAAAACAAAAAACAUUGAAUGGUAAAAUGCAUAAAUAUUUCUUAUUUCA